AUGGCUGGUUUGUUGGGAUGGUUUGUUUGUUUGGAUGGCUACUUUGUUGGGAUGGUUGUCUUGUUGGGAUGGUUGGUUUGUUGGGACGGCUGGUUUGUUGGGAUGGCUGGUUUGUUGGGAUGGCUGGUUUGUUGGGAUGGUUGGUUUUUGGUUUCUUGGGAUGGCUGGUUUGUUGGGGUGGCUGGUUUGUUGGGAUGGUUGGUUUGUUGGGAUGGCUGGUUUGCUGGGAUGGUUGGUUUGUUGGGAUGGCUGGUUUGUUGGGAUUGUUGGUUUGUUAGGAUGGCUGGUUUGUUGGGAUGGCUGGUUUGUUGGGAUGGCUGGUUUGUUGGGAUGGCUGGUUUGUUGGGAUGGCUGGUUUGUUGGGAUGGCUGGUUUGUUGGGAUGGUUGGUUUGUUGGGAUGGCUGGUUUGUUGGGAUGGCUGGUUUGUUGAAAUGGCUGGUUUGUUGGGAUGGUUGGUUUGUUGGGAUGGUUGGUUUGUUGGGAUGGCUGGUUUGUUGGGGUGGCUGGUUUGUUGGGAUGGCUGGUUUGUUUAUAUGAUGGCAGGUGAGGGUUGCUGA